AGUCGGCAUGGUUACGAAGGGGCAGGAAGGACGCCAUACGUCAUGGCUAAGAUGACGAGGGGACUACAUCACUUUCACUCGUUUUUUAGCUGGAUAACACAUCAUGUCGUCAUUCAUUCACCAUACCAAUUACCAACAUACAUGUCAGUUGACGAGACUUAAUUGUGUUUUCUCUUUUUUUUCCACGAACGGAGCUGAUAUUUCAUUUCUUUCCCUGAUACUGGUUUCGCUUGAGCACUUAGCACCAUACAGAAUGUCUUCCGAAAAUGCACAAGUGAAAACAUUAUGUAGUUUGUAGAUAGUCGACUGGAGUUAGUGAGGUUGGUCAUCAUUAUAUCCGUGCUUGACUUCUCGGGUCUGGAUGCUUUCCCCAAGGCGCUGCGUUUGAGUGUAAUGGAGGAAACGUUCAAUUCGGUUAACUUUAGCAUCGAAUGACGCAAAAAACACCCACUAUGGCCUCGGUGCUGAAUGACCCCAGCAUGGAGAGACUGUUCAAGGGCCACAAGGACGCCGUCACCUGCGUGCAUUUCAGUCCAAACUCCAAACUACUUGCAUCGGGCUCCGUUGAUAACAGCCUGAUGAUCUGGAACCUGGCGGCUAAGGGGAGGUCCUUGCGCUUCGUCAACCAUCAAGACACCGUCACUGCCGUGCAGUUCUGCCCUGUGGGUAACCUGGUGGCGACCUCAUCCAAGGACAGGAUGGUGCGACUGUGGAAGCCGUCCAUGAAAGGAGAGUCGACGGUGUUCAAGGCGCACACGGCUGCGGUGCGCUGCGUGGCGUUCUCCCAAGAUGGCGCGCGGCUGGUGACAGCGUCCGACGAUAAAUCGGUGAAAGUUUGGAGCGUCUGCAGACGAUGCUUCCUCUACUCGCUCAACCAGCACACUAACUGGGUGCGCUGCGCCAGGUUUUCACCAGACGGUCGCCUCAUAGUGUCUUGCGGGGACGACCGCACUGUCAGGUUAUGGGACACGUCCAGCAAAAACUGCAUCAACUGCUUCACAGACUGCUACGGAUCUGCGACCUAUGUGGACUUUAACUCGAGAGGCACCUGUAUCGCAUCGUCGGGGGCAGAUAGCGCCCUUAAAAUCUGGGACAUACGCACCAAUAAGCUCAUCCAGCAUUAUCAAGUCCACAGUGCUGGUGUCAACAGCUUUUCCUUCCACCCGUCCGAUAACUACCUGAUCAGUAGCUCCAGCGACGGCACCAUCAAGAUCCUGGACCUGUUGGAGGGACGCCUUAUCUACACGCUGCAUGGACACAAGGGCGCCGUCCUCACUGUGGCCUUUUCCACGGCUGGAGAGCUCUUUGCUUCUGGGGGCGUCGAUUCUCAGGUAAUGUUGUGGAAGACCAACUUUGACACCAAAUCCUACCGGGAGGUUCUGGAGCAGCACAGCCAGCGGGCCGUCCUCAAGCCGCCACCCCACCUGACCGAUAUCCAUCCCCGGGUGCCCCACCCUCACCUGACCCACCCCCCGGACAUUGAGGUUGGUCCGGGGUUGACGGACACACACUCAGCGGAGCCAGACAUCGUCGAGCUCCGAGAAGCUAGUCACCGAGAAGCUAGUCACCGAGAAGCUAGUCACCGAGAAGCUAGUCACCGAGAAGCUAGUCACCGAGAAACUAGUCACCGAGAAGCUAGUCACCAAGACGCGCGCCAGGGCACCGAUGACCACCACGCUGAUGACGGACACGCCCGUGACAGUUCGUCUUCUGUCGCGACGGAGGAUGAAGGUUGGACGAGGGAUGAUAGCGGCAGGGAGGGAAGUCAAAGGAAGCGGCGAGGGGACAACAGCAGGAAGAGGCGGGACAAGGAUUUUAGGACGUGGCGAGAGGAUAACAGCACAAAAUGGUGGCCGGAAGACGGCGAAACGGCACACCCGAUGGACAUGUCGGAGGCAACGUCGGGGCACCCACCUGUUCUGAACUCCAUCCUGCAGCACAUGGUCAAACAGCUAGGCGUCCUCACGGAGACUGUUUCUGUGCUGGAGGAGCGUCUCAGCCUGACAGAAAACAAAGUUCAGGAGUGUCUCGCCCAGACACGUGUUGGAGGACCACCCGAUAGCUCACCGGACCACCUCACAUGAGGUACAUUUGACAAGCGCGUGUGUGUUUGUGAGCACUUCCUCCUCGCUCACAUAAAAAACUGUGCAGAGAUACACUUGGCUCGUAGAGGACGGGAUGUGUCACUAUGACGUGGUGUGGAAAACAGCACAGCAAACAAAAUCCGCCACCAGAGACAUAAAAUUGCCGCUUCACUAAACACUGCUAGCCCUCCCAGUUAACAUGGAUAUUUGGAUUGUGUCCGUCAUUGACAGUGAAUGUGUUAAGGACACCAGUGAAACCUAUCCAGAGAUUUUAAAGCAAUCUUUAUCACAAUGAAGUCAAAUAAAUGGAAAUCUAGUCACACUUUCAAGAUGCCUCACGGACUGUUUCCUGUUCACAGAUUAAAACUCUAAUCUUAAAUUAGGGUUUCAAAGUACAGUUUUUGAGUAGUGUUGGGGUAUCAAAUUGGCCCUGGCUUUAAACACUCACUCAGGCUUGAUGCCCUAAUUUUCAAUCCUAACCUCUGUUUGAAGCCCUAACCCUGGAUCGGAACUUUUAAUUUGAAACACUAACCGUAACUUGAAGCAGUAACUUGAACACCUAGCUCUGACUUGAAACCCUAACCCUAGUGUGAAACCCUUAACCCUGGGUUGAAACCUGACCUGAUUCCCUAACCUCUGUUGGAAACCAUAGCUCAGGCUCGAAACCCCUGAUUUCCGAACCAUAAUUUGAACCACUAAUCCUAUUUUAAAACCCCAAUCAGAAACAUUAAUCAUGCCCUGCAAUUCAAAUCUGAAAAAUCCUACCUUGAAACCCUAACCUAAACUUGAAUCCCUAAUUUUUAAUGAUAACCCUGAUUUGAAACCCUAACCCUAUACCCAGGCUUGAAACCCUAAUUCUAAACCCUAACUCUUGUGGAAGACGGUAACGUGAAGUGUGACUCAUCCUAGUUCAUUGGACGUUUUCCCUGGAUCCUGAUGUCCAUCCUAGUCUCAGCUGCUCCAUUUGCUUGUAUUAGGGAGAGAAAUAUGUUGGGCAAGGUGAAUGAGAGGAAGAUCCUCUUUCUGCCUUAAGAAGCUUAAGGCAUCCAUUGGGCCAUUGAUCAUCGUGACCACAAGCCUACCGAGAGCACUUCCUGCUUCUGCCCCCGGGCCUCGUGGACGCCACCUCACACGGCCGAUCCGCCGAAGCUCCUUAAUGUCACUCUUUCACUUAAGCCUGUCACUCGUGCAGCAAAGUGGCGCGCCCUCACCGCCUGUCACUGCAGUAAGUGGCGUGCAAGUGCAAGAUCGCGCUCCUUCUGUUGCAUCUGGACCCAGAUUGCGCUACAUCUUACAAGAGUAUUGUUCAUCUUAGUGAGAUGGUUUUAUUUUAUUAUCAGGGAAUAAUUUUUUUAUCUUGAUAAAGUAUGAUUACAAAUUAAAUUACUGAAUGCAAACUUCAUCUUAUUUAAUCAUACAGAAAAACUAUACAUGAACAAUGAACUUUAUUUUAUCUUAUUUCAUUACAUUUUUUAAAAUUUUCACACUUCCAUUCGCGGCUGACAAAAGAGGCUUACUCAAAUACAGUAUAUCUAAUAUAACUAUUUUCGCUUGUUAUUGUCUAAAAAAACAUCCAGACUUUUAAUCUUGAGGCGACAUAAUGCCGCACGGCUUCCGCAGAGUGAGGGAAGAGGCCGAGUUUUACAACACCUCUCAGACAGUUGAGCGUUCAAGAGUGUUAGUAGAUUUGUCCUCAAGCUAUGUACUUUAAAUUGAUUAAUAAUGUGUAAACAAAAUAACAGACGACGUGGAGACAGACUAAUAGUAUCGAUGUGUAAAAAAAAAUUACAUUUACCAUAUUUGCACACAAACAUGUUUUAUUAUUUGCUUGAUUUCAUUUCAUCACACAGAAGAGAAAAUGUUAUAUGAACUGCAAUCUUGUUUUUUAUUUUUAUUUUGUCUUUUUAUUUUUUAUUAAUAUUUUGUAUUGCAUUAUCCAUGAAAGAAAAUAAUAUAUAUUAACUUCAAACAUA